AUGUCCGGCCUUGGCGAUGGUCACACGCACUUCACAUGGAAUGGCGGAGACCUUGAUCAUCUGGGAGACCUGGGCGUUGAAGAACACACGCUGGUCACCAUGAAGAGUGCACAGUGUUUUCUUGAUUCUGGAUACACGAUGUGCUUUGGUGCAGCUUCCGCAAAGGAACGCCUAGACGUGGUCAUCAGGGAUGCAAUCAACGCAGGGGACAUUACAGGACCGCGUUACCUGGCCAACGGAAAAGAGCUUGCUCGUAGGGAUGGGACGCUCGUUGCCGGAAUCACGGCGGCUGCGGAUGGUCCCGAUGAGAUGCGCGAGGUUAUUCGGCAUCAUGUAGACAUAGGAGUGGAUAAUGUCAAGCUCAGUAUGUCCGGAGAAGAAAUAACCGAGACUCUUGCGGCCCAAGAUUGCUACUUCACGGACGAGGAAACGGCCGCAUGUGUUGACGAAGCGCAUAAACAUGGGAAGCGACUGUGUGCGCAUGCUCGUGCCCGAGACUCUGUGAUAAUGUGCGUCAAGCACGGAGUCGAGGCAAUCUACCACGCAUCCUUCAUCGACGACGAAGGUAUGGACAUGCUCGAGAAGGCCAAGACAAAACACGUCGUGGUACCCGCCAUCAACUGGCUCAUCGCCACCCUCCACGAGGCAGAGGCCUUUGGAUACACACACGCCCAGGCCGACAAGGCGGGCUACACCCGUGAGCUCAAUGCCGCGAUCGCCGGCCUCCGUGAGAUGCACCGCCGCGGCAUUGUUGUCCUGCCUGGCGGGGACUACGGUUUUGCAUGGACGCCCCACGGCACGUACGCCCGGGACUUGGAGCACUUUGUCAAGCUUCUCGGUUUCACACCCCAUGAGGCUAUCAUCGCUGCCACGGCAGGCGUCGCGGCGCUGAUGAUGAGGAGUGAUGAAUUGGGCAAGAUCCAGAAGGGUUAUUACGCGGAUUGCAUACUGGUUGACGGGGACCUGCUGGCGGACAUCAGCAUUCUCCAGGACCACAGCCGACUGAACGUCAUUUGUAUCAAUGGUAGGGUACACAAAGCGGGAGGGAAGGACUGCAGAUGCUGA